UUUCAAAUUAAUUUUAAACCUUUGUUGUUUUCCUAGGUGGUGCGAGACCUGUAAAAGAUGGCGUCAAUAUUUGAGCAAUGAGAGUAAAAUGCAGAAUGUUUGUUGGGAAAAGAUGAUGUCGUGGAAGUGGCCGUUAGCAUAUGAAAGUAUUGCGGGAGUUUUCAUUCCAGCGUCCUGGGCAAAAACAGAUCUGCAAGAUAUUGCCACGUUGUGUCAUAUAUGGGAAAACUGCAAAAAUGAAUUCAUGAUUCGUCCAUUUGUCAUUUCCAAUCUAAGAGAUUGUAGAAAUAAAUUUGUCGCUCACAAUCCAAAACUUUCUGUCAAUGAUGUAGAGAAAUCGAGAGUAUUUGAUGCUUUGAAGGAUUUGCUGAAAGUUCCAGAUGUUCAGUUACAUAUCAAUGCUCAAGAAUGUCUUUCCGAACUUGCAAAAAUUGAAAAUGGAGACACACUAUCAGCAUCUCUUACAAACAUAUUCACCUCUUUAAGAGAAAAUAAUGAUGCCGUUGAAAACUUACAAGACACCAUUAAUAGGGUAGUGUUGUCACAAAAUGAUGUAAAGAAUGCAGCGGAAUCAGGACAAGAGCAACAAGUCAGUGCCAAUGAAAAGCUUGGAAAUAUACAAAAUAUGCAAUAUGAAUGUAGUGAAACACUUGAUGGUUUGCGAAAUGAUAGUGAGACUGUAAAGGAAUCUUUAAAUUUGUUAGGCGAAACACAAAACCGAAUUGCAUCGGGUAUCAGUGACUUAGAAGACAGACAAACUGAGGCGAAUGAUAAACUGCAGGAUUAUCACAAUAUGAUGAUAAAAUUGUUGAUGAAGCGCCAACAAUCUAAAAAGGAGGAGACGUUCGUGAAGAAAGUAAUCUUAUCAGCAGUUCUAGUAGCAGUCAUUUCAGUACUAUGUUACAACGGUAACCUUAACAAACACGUGGACAAAAGCUUGACCUCAACAGAUUGUAUAUCAGAGAAUUAUAAGUAUCCAUUUGAGCAGGAUAUGCCACUUCUUGGAUAUUUUCGUGAUCAUAAAGAAAUUGUAGGGAGAGAAUGGUUGUUCGAGACUUCUGAAUUGAGAUUAAUUACACCACACCAAAACUCCAAGGGAAUAGCACUGAUCGCCGAAAUGGGUUAUGGGAAAUCCGCUUUCGUUUCUCAUUUACUAUGUUCGAGGGAAGGAGAAAAAGGAUAUGGAAUAAAAUCACAUGUAGUGGCAUUUCACAUUUGCAAGUUUGAUGUAGAAAGUACCAAAAGUGCAGGGCGAUUUAUUCGACGGUUAAUUGGAUUUUUAGCUCGGGAAAUUGAGGAGUAUGGAAAUAUUAUUUCUAUAUUGUCCGAUUAUAACAUUAUUUACAACAUAGAAACUUGCGAUAAUGACCCAAUAGCUUGUUUCGACCAGGGUAUUAUCUUUCCAUUAGAAAAGCUUUCACAUGUUAGUAACUUUUCAUGGAUAUUUAUCAUAGAAGCCCUUGAUGAAUGUUAUUUGAAAUCUUCGAGCAAAAAUCCAAUCAUGGAGUUAUUGUCAAACCGAAUAAGGCAGUUGCCUGUUUGGUUCAAAGUUUUUAUAACGUCAAGAAACAUGACAGAUCUUUAUUCAGUACCACACUUAGAGCACAUUCAUUUGCUAACAAACGAACCUAGGAAUAUUCGAGACAUACGAGAGUAUAUUAAAACAAAAUGGUUGAACUUAAGUUUUUAUAUACAUGACAAAGAACUUGAAGAAUUACUGAAGCAGAGCGAAGGAAAUUUUUUGUUUGUUGUUCACGCCAUUCAGUAUAUGGUUGCCUCUGGGAACCAGAGUUUUGUGAUGUUACCUUCAACACUUGAAGAUGUAUACGAAUUAAAUUUUGACAGACAGUACGGUGAUAUGUAUUCGUUUCAAAUUCCAAAAAUAAUAUUUGAAGUUAUUUGUGCAACAACUUAUCCUUUAAAAUGGGAAAAAGUACUAGAUGUCUUGUUAGUAAAUAAUGUAACCACUUUGGUACAAUUUAAUAGCCAAAUUGACAAAAUGUCAUUCUUCCUUCGAAUGGACAGUACUGUAACUAUAAUUCAUCAAUCUUUAUAUCGAUGGUUAAUCAAUGCACGAAACAAAAAAUACAGGAUUUCGUUAAAGGCUGGACAUGCAUAUAUGUCACGCUAUUUGUUAAAUAAGGUUUUGAAAAAUAAUGAUACGGAUUUAGCAGAUUUAUCUAUCCAUGUGAGCGAAGCUUCCGAUGAUAAUUUGACCAAACAAUUCCUGGAAUUAAAGAUUUUCAGUUUUAAUAUAACAAAUGUGAAUGAAUCGUUACAUAACGUGAUAAGUAAAACGUCAGCAGUUAUCCCUCUUAAAUUACUAAUAAGUCUUAACCUGGACGUUAACAAAGUAAAAGAUGAUGGGACUACCCCAGCUUUUGCAGCUGCAGGAAGAGGAAAUAUGGACCAGCUUGAGCUACUGCAGGAAAAGGGUGCAGACAUUAAUUUUGUAAAAGAAGGGAGUGUUGUUGUUGACUCUUAUGAUAUAUUGAAUAAAAUAGAUGCUAUAAAACAAGGUCGUUACUAUGGUUAUGGACUUAUACACGUUGCUGCUAGACAUGGACAUCCAAACGUAGUCCGUAAACUUCUUGAAUACAGUAAAGAGAUGACAGAUUGGAAAACGUCCUUAGGACAGCGUGCAAGUGAUAUUGCUUGUGAAGUCGGUAACCUAAAAGUAGCUCAAAGUAUUACCGAAUGGACCAGUGAAAUGCUUAUUGACUGCAUAUACUAUGCCUCUAAACGCGAUAAUGUAGAUAUAAUUCAGUAUUUGAUCGCACGUGAAGAACAAAUAACCUUAGAUUGCAUUUCUGAUACACAGUCCAUUGGUGCCAUACAGCAGAUACAAACUGAUGACUCGACUCACUUGAAAUUGGCAUCUGAUUUUUAUGUAGAGAGACGUCCUGUCUAUCACAAAGUAUAUCCCCUAGACAAAUGGUGGAUAGUAGCUAAAGAAACGCCUCUUCUUGCUGCUAUUAGAGCUGGCUCGGUAAAAGCGGCUUCACUUUUAAUAAAGCAUUUCCCAAGUAUAUUGAACUGUUCUGAUUCAUUUGGAUAUUCACCGUUAUUAUUGAGUGUAAUGAAAAAUCAAUAUACCUUGUUGCCUUUACUGAAAGAUCACAUUUUCACUGAGAGAUGCGAGAAAAUGCCACAUCACAUCCAGCAGGCAUACCACAAAGACAAUAGUAUGUUUUUGUGGAACUUUAUGAAAGGGCCUUGUUUAGUCCUGGACGGUCUGAAAGACAUAGAAAAAUCAUUUUGUUCUAGCCGUGCUUCGUUUGCUCAUUUUGUAGCAAGAUACGAUAGAAAGGAUUUUCUGAGAUUCGCUUUGCAAGAAAAUAUCAUUGCCGACUGGAACACUGCAGAUGACGAAGGAAUUUAUCCCAUUCAUUACGCUGCUAGAUAUACGAAUGUUGAUUUCAUUACUAUUGUAUCAGCAAAAUUUAAUCUUAACAUAAGCACUAUCAAAUGUAGAAACGGAUCCACUGCUUAUCAUAUUACUGCAACAACUCCAUCUUUUAUAAGUUUAUCUGCACUGACAAAUGAAUUCAGAGACGUUAUUCCUGAUGUGAAGGAUGAAAAUGAAAUGGGAAUUUUGCAUUAUUCGGUUUUAUUCGCUAAAAAUUUUAAAUAUCUAACGCACGACUAUCGAAUGUUUCUGCAAACAAACUCAUUGUAUAUUUGCAAAUAUCUUGUUGAGUUAUGCAAACACAACAUUCAAAGAACUGAUGUAUUUGGGAGAAACAUACUGCAUUAUGCUUUGAUCAACGGCCAUUUUUCUAUAAUCGAAUAUAUAGAAAGUAAAUAUGGGUUUGAAUUUAGACAAAUGCUUAGUCAUUUAGAUGUUAAUAACCAGACACCAGUCCAUUAUGCUAUAACAAACGUUGAGGCGGUCGGACAAGAUCCAACAAACGACAUGAUUAUUGGUGCAUAUUUUGCUCCUAACAGUGAGUCCUAUUUUUUGAAUCAAUUUGAAAGUUGUUUUGUCAAAGCAGAAAGUUGUGUCGGUUUACGUCAGGCCUGGGAAAUAGCAUUUAUAUUUGCAAUACGGAGACUUUCACCUGCUGAAUUUCGAUCUUUCAUAGAACCAAUUUUGUAUCAAUUUUUAAUCAAAAGCAGGGACGUGUCAAAUGCUAUUUUGAUAUUUCACAAACAUUUGACUGAUGAAAUUUUGCGUAAACAUAUUUUACAAAGUUUAGAUACAGCUGAGCAACCAAUGGUACAGCUUUUAAAAGAUAUAGCUAGAUACAGACCAUCUGUAUUUAAUCAUUGUGGACAACCAUUGAAAUGGUCGCCUUUACAUUAUCUAGCACUGAAAGAUAAAUGUCUUCUGACUGCUAAUGUAGUUGCUCAGCUUCGAAUGGGUGAAAAAUAUAAUAACUCUACUUGGAAAGUUUUUAAUUGUACUGAUGAAAGAGGCUUUACUGUUUUUCAUUAUGCAAUGAUGAGGGGUGAUUUUGAAACAGCGUUUUCUCUUUUGGGUGAUAUGGAGAAAAGUGAUGUAGUAAAUAUUGUGGAAGUGAUUAUGAUAACGAUAUUGCGUAAACAGAGAUCGUACCAGCCAUGCAGUAAUAUAGCAUAUACCAACCAAAAUAAUUUGUUCAUGCAUUAUACACGGUCAAUGUCAAGUCCAAGUGUACAAGAGGAAGACGAUAAGCUUAUAUCUUCUUUUAUCAGAAAGUAUAGAGACGUUUUACAGCCAACAAACUUUUGCAAAAAUAAUUCAAAGACAUUGUCAGUUGUUCACUAUUUAUUCACUUGCGAAAUGAAAAAUACACUAAAAACAGUAGUUGAAAUAUAUGGUCGUGAAAUUUUAAACUGUAUGAAUAGUGACCAGUUUACGCCACGAUAUAUUGGAAAAUUGUUCGAUUAUAAAGAUCUUGACGAAUUCUUUGAUGGUAGUAAAGAAAUGAUGCAACCAUUUCAAUAUGCAGAGAAAUAUCUCGUAUUACUAUUACUCAGUGAUAUCUUAAGACGCUACAAAUGGCACGAGAUACCCGAUUGUGUAUUCCAGCGCAGCCCACGUGUUACUAGACUAUAUCUAACACAAAUCUAUAAGGAUUACACAUGUAUCGAGCGAUACUUACAUCUUAAACGUAGUUCUUUUGACAGGCGAUGUAAGUCACAAAGCAAAACGUUACUCGGUUUAAUAGUGUAUUCGGAAGAUCAUACACAAAUGACAUGUUUUGACGUUUUAAGAAUGAUAAAGGCGGUUAAAACUAUGCUCAACGAAUUACCUACAUGCAUGUAUAUUUAUUUUCAUAAUCUGCCAUUUUACUCUCAGUUUGAAAUGAUUUUAUACAAACGACUUGCUUUUCAGUUUUCGGAGUUUGGGGAAAAUCUGCAUAAUUGCAACGGAACUGAACAAGGCAUACACGUGACCUAUAUGAGAUUAAAACAUUCUCUUAUUUCCAUAAGAAACCUAUUUGUUUACACAUUAAAGCGGCAACGAGCACUUAUAAUACGUGACUAUUUUGGCAAUCGGAUGUUUGAUAUGCAUUAUAUAGAGGUAUUCUCAGAUAAUGGUUUUGGAUAUCUAUUGUCGAAGAUGUCAAUUGUGGAAAACGAAACCGAAUCAUUAGCAAGAUGGGUCAGUAAAGAGGGAUGGAAGCUUAAUUAUCUUAACGUUUUAAGAAAAACUCCAGCCUACAGAGAGCUUAAGGCACAGGUUGGUUUCAGGUAUCGUUUAGAAGAAAUAUCAAAAAUGGCAGGAAAAACAUAAUGUCCUCACUGAAAAGUGUUUAUUUCAAAAUGUGUAUUUUUGUAAGCUGUGUUUGAUUUAAGAUAUCGAUAAAAUGAAAGUUCAAAAGGAUAUAGCAUGGUGAGAAACACUCAGACACUAUAGAAUUCUGGAAUCAAAACAAACUACAUAGAAUUUGGUUAUUAUGAUAUAUAAUAUUGUGAUAUAUACUAUCAACAUUGACACUAAUGGCAGGUAGUAAGAUGUGUUUCAUAACCAAUAUAUGUUUGUAUAUUUGAAUCAGUAAAUGUUAAGUUCUUCCACUGUAAAAUUCACUUAUUAACUCACCUGAGCACGAAGUGUUCAAGGGUGAGCUAUUAUGGUCAGUGAUUGUCCGGCAUCCGUCGUCCGUCAUCAUUUUUCUUUAAACAACAUCUUCUCCUAAAUCACCAGACCAUUUUUGAUGAAACUUCAGAGAGAUGUUUUUUGGAUGGUAUUCUUUAAAAAUUGUUCAAAGAAUUGAAUUCCAUACAGAACUCUGGUUGCCAUGAGGAAAAGCUAUGAAAAUAUUCUUAAUAACUACAGGUCCUAGGGCUUUGACAUAAUCUAGUGGUUCUCUACCAAGAUUGUUCAAAUUAUCAGCGUAGUGUCAAAUAUGGCUCCGCCCUGUGGUCACAUGGUUUAUAUAGACUUGUAUACGGAUUUAUUUUGAAAAUAGUCUUCUCCAAAACCACAGAGCCUAGGGUAUUGAUAUGUGGUAUGUAAAAUCAUUCAGUGGACCUCUCGCAAGAUUGUUCAAAUCUUAUAACUAGGAUAAAAUAUGGCCCCUCCCUGGGGGUCAGAUGGUUUAUAUUGACUUAUAUUGGGAAAAACUUUGAAAGUCUUCUUGUUCAAAACCACAUGGCCUAGGGCGUUGAUAUUUGGUAUGUAGCAUGUAUAGUAGUCCUUUACCAAGAUUGUUUAAAUUACACAUCCCCCCCCCCCCAGGUUUUGUCAUGGGGGCACAUGGUUUAAAUAGACUUGUAUAGGGAAAAACCUUUAAAAGUUAUUGUGUUAAAACAUGUAUAAUGCCCACCCAGAGCUUGGAUAUUUAGUAUGUACCUAGUUUUUUUCUGUUUUUUUUUUUUGAAGCUUUAGCAAAGAAAUUUGUUCAAGCAAGCAACUAAACUCAGGUGGGCAAUAUAGGGCUUUCAUGGCCCUUUUGUUAAUUGUUUGUGUUUGUGUUCACAUAGCUAUCGGUUCCAUAUAGAACUUCAUAUAUAUUUUAUCAUUACAGAUUUGAACAGAUUUUAAAAUUUAUGUUCUAAAUAUCAAUGUUGUUAUAUUUUCUGGUCCUUCGAGAUCAUUGAUUUCAACUCAAUUAGAUUUGAAAAUUAAAUGCUGCUUAAGCCGGAGCUUGGGGUGUAUGGGCAAUGUUGCAAUUUCCAUUACUGCUCAUAAACAGACUGAACAGGUUAAGUUAGCCGGACAUGUCUGUAUCUGAAAAGUUCUCUCUGUCUGUUCCGGGGGCUUUAUCUCACUCUGUCCCUCUGGUCAGAUCGCUCUGUGUCUGUACCAACAGAGGAUGAUUUCGCGCCUUGUGUGGCUGCAGUUGCUGUAUGUAAAGCGCCUUUGAACAUGUUUAUCCUGAAAAGGGCGCUAUAUAAAUCUGGUAUAAUAACAAUAAUAAUAAUAUU